CUCGCAAGACAUUAUUUUUCUGUCAACGUAUAUGAUCAACGAUCUUAUGCGAUUAUAAACACUGUCUCUAAAGAAUCGAUGUUGCAUAGUUUAAAAUCGUGUCCGUCGGUUAAAAACCUCCGUAAAAAUACCUUUUUGUGUAGUUAUAUGGUGUAAAAAACGAACAAAAACUGCUACUUUAGUUUAAAAUAUGUAUGAUAUUUCCGGUUGUCAAAUCGUAAACAUCUCAGUUGUGUAGCUCCCGCUUAUUUCAUGUUUUAAAAAUACUUACAUACACUUUUAUAACGCAACAUUUCAAAUUACAUAAAGUGAAGUGCUGCGAGUGCAGUGAAAACAUUGAUUUCGCGUUCACUCUGGAUAUUGGAAGAUAUUUUGCAAACAAAACUUUGAAAGCAGCAAUGCAGUUACCGUUAACUUCGUGUUUAAAAUAAACUUCAUAUUCACUUUUGACAUUACAACCACUACAAAGUACAACGAGAAGAGCCGUAGGAACAUUGAUUCACGUACGUACUUGGUAAUAAAUUACAAUUUUUACAAAAACAAAACAAAAAGGUUAGAAUAUUUGCAUGAAUCAUAAUAUUGACCAAGAAGAUUGGUGACAGUGACAACUAUUGAUUCCGACAGUAUCUCGGUGUUGCCAACCCAAGGAACCAUAGACUACCAAUCAAGUUUCACCACACCUCUACGAUCUCCAAAAAUGGAGGAUCAAUUUCAACUUUUAUUUAAUAAAAUGAAAAAUGAAAUGCAAAAACAAACUUUAGAACUAAAAGAAUCGAUAACUAACACAAUAAUGGAGAAAAUGGAGGAAAAAUUACAACCAAUCAUAGAAGAAAAUAAAAACUUGAAAAUUAAAUUGGAAAACCUUGAGAAAGAGGUGGAAAGCUUGAAAAGAGGAAAGAAACAAAACAAUUUAAUUAUCUUUGGAGUCAAAGAAGGCGAAAAAUCUUCACAGGAACUGAUACAAAAGGUGAAACAAAUAUUCGAAAGCGACUUGAACUUGAAUUUGGAAGAUUAUGAAGUAAAUAAAAUGUAUCGAAUCGGAAAGGACAAUUCGGGUGGUAAACCAAGGCCCAUUCUAUUUUCCUUCGUAAGUGAAUGGAAAAAGAAUGAGGUUAUGAAAAGGAAGAAAAACUUUAAAGAUGUACAUGUUGCAGAAGAUUACACCAAAGAAGUUUUAGAAAAAAGGAAAAUGCUGCAACCGCAACUGAUAGAGGAGAGGAAGAAAGGGAAUUUUGCAUAUUUAAAAUUCGACAAAUUAGUAAUAAAAGGAAAGAUAAAUAACACAAGUAACGACAAAAGAAAAAGAGAAAAUUCAACAUCACCACAAAAUAAUAUUCAACCAAGGAAACAACAAACUAUAAAGACAUCAAAUACAAACAGAUUAAAUGCAUUCGAUUUAUUGAGGGCCCGAUCCAAUUCUCUUCCUUCCAAUACAACAGAUAAUAAGCAAUAACAAUUAACUAUCGGUAAACGGAAAACACAACACUCUUGUAGCAAAAAACAUAAAGAAACAACAAAACAUAAAACUCCCCCAAGCCGACUGGUCCUCGUGGGGGAAAAUGACCAAGACCCUCUAAAGGUAAAUAAACCCCAUUCCCACAAGGAAAAUAAAACAACAGAUUAUUAUAUAGCAACUAUAAACUGUCGAUCUCUUAGAACUCCCGAAAAACUUCAAGAACUAGAACUGGCAAUAGAAGAAUUAAAAUGGGAUAUAAUUGGAAUUAGUGAAAUGAGAAAAUUCGGAGAAGGAAUCGAAGACCAUGGAAAAUAUAUAUUGCACUAUAAAGGAGAGACGCCCGGACUAUAUGGAGUCGGAUUCAUGGUUAAAAGAAAUCUUUUAAACAACAUAGAAGAACUUAGAGGAAUAUCAGAACGUAUUGCAAUUCUUAAUAUAAAACUUCCUAUUAACGGAGAAAAAGAAGAAAAAUGGACUAUUAUUCAGGCGUAUUCGCCCACAGAAUCGGAUAAAAACGAAGACAUAACAAAAAUUGAAAAAUUCUAUAACGAUCUCCAAAGUACUAUAGAAAACGCAUAUAAAAACAUAAUUGUAAUGGGAGAUUUUAAUGGCCAAAUUGGAAAACAAAAAAACGGAGAAGAAUUCACUUUAGGACGCUAUGGAAUUGGUAACAGAAGCAAGAAUGGCACAAGACUAGUAAACUUUGCACUGGAAACCAGAUUAAGCAUUCUAAACAGCUUUUAUAAAAAGAAACCUUCAAAAAAAUGGACAUGGAUCUCACCUAAUGGACUUUACAAGAACGAAAUAGACUUUAUAAUGUCUAACAAUACAAAAGUUUUUAAGGACGUAUCAGUCAUAAAUAAUUUAAAUUUUAAUACAGACCACAGGAUGGUUCGGGCUACACUGGCAGGAACACGUUCCAAAGAAAAGAGACCAUUUCAUAAUAAAUACUCAACCAUUCAAUAUACAGGCAACACAGAAUUAUUGCUCAAUAAUCUAAAAACAUCACUAGAUAACGAGUUUAAGAACCAAGAAUCAUUACAAGAAAAAUACAACAAAUUGUUAAACCAAAUAAAAAUUGUAACUAGGAAAACAAACACGAAUGACAAAAAAGGAAUCUCACUUAAAAUCAAAGAAUUACUUGGAGAAAGGAAAAACCUUAUACGACAAGAAAAAAGUAAAUAUAACCGUCAAAAGAUAACAGAAAUAAGUAAAAAUAUUAGCGAACAACUUAGAAAAGAAAGGAAAACAAAACGACUAAAUACUAUGAAAAAUUAUAUAGAAAAAACAGGAGGAAUAAAAAAGGCGAUAAAAGUAUUAAACCAAAAGAAAGAUUGGAUACCAAGUUUAAAAAAGAAUGAUGGUAAAAUCUCUGGGAAAAGAACUGAAAUACUAAAAACCGCUACUGAUUUCUACCGAAAUCUAUACCAAAGUCAAUUUGACUCACAAGUCGUAAAAACACAUCCUCCAACAGAGGAAGAGCAAAUACCUGAAAUACUAAAAGAAGAAACCAUAAACGCUAUUAAAACACAAAAAUAUGAUAAAGCACCUGGACCAGACCUUAUCACUAACGAAAUACUAAAAACUACGCUACCAGUUAUUGCACCAAAACUUACAGAUAUAUUUAAUGAAAUUAUAAGUACAGAAGAGAUUCCAGAGGACUGGACUAAAUCGACCAUCAUUCUGUUACAUAAAAAAGGUGACAAGGAAGAUAUAACAAAUUACAGACCUAUAAGCUUAAUGUCCAAUGUUUACAAAGUAUUUUCAAAAAUAAUAUUAUCGAGAAUUAGCAAUAUCCUUGAAGAAAAUCAGCCUAAAGAACAAGCUGGAUUCCGAAGAAAUUUCUCAACUAUAGACCACAUUCAUGCUGUCAGACAAAUCAUACAAAAAUUUAAAGAAUACAAUAAAACUUACUACCUAGGGUUUGUGGAUUUUAAUAAAGCCUUCGAUACGCUAGAGCACGCAUUUAUUUGGAAUGCCCUAGAAAUGCAAGGCGUAGCACCAAAAUACAUACGUAUUCUAAAAAACGUGUACGCAGAGGCUACAGCGCAAGUAAAGCUAGAAUCUACAGGCGACGAAUUUUUUAUUAAACGAGGUGUACGUCAAGGAGAUCCUAUCUCGCCAAAAUUAUUUACAUCCGUCCUUGAAGUUAUAUUCAGGCACCUGGAAUGGGCCGACAAAGGAAUAAAUAUAAACGGCGAACACCUGAGUCACCUACGUUUCGCAGACGAUUUAGUUUUGUUUUCAGACAAUUCAGAAAGCCUAGAAAUAAUGUUGCAACAACUAGCGAACGAAAGUGAUAAGGCAGGUUUAAAAAUGAAUUUAACAAAAACAAAAGUUAUGUCAAAUUCUACACAAACGAAAAUAAUAAAAAUAAAUAAUGAGGAAAUAGAAUACGUAAAUGAAUAUAUAUACUUAGGACAGCUAAUAUCAACCAAAGAAUGUAUGCAAAAAGAAAUAGAAAGAAGAACGGCUAAUACUUGGAAACGAUAUUGGUCAUUCAGUGAAGUCAUGAAAAAUAAAGACAUGCCUAUGAAAGAAAAAAGAAAAAUUUUCAACAUGUGUAUUUUACCAUGUUUGUUAUACGGGUGUCAAACUUGGGCAUUGACAGAACAACUGGAAAAUAAAAUAAAAAUUUGCCAGAACGGAAUAGAGAGAAGCACUAUAGGAGUCAAAAGAAAGGACCGAGUAAAAUUAAAAGACAUAAAAAGCAAAACUAAAUUCAAAAAUGCAUACACAACUUACAAACAACUAAAGUGGAGAUGGACAGGGCAUAUGAUAAGAGAAAAGAAAGAUAAAUGGACCAGGACAAUAACGGAAUGGUACCCGAGAGACAGCAAGAGAAACAGAGGCAGACAGACUAAAAGGUGGGAAGAUGAUAUUAGGAGCAUAGCGGGGCCAAUAUGGUCUCGUAUAGCAAGAAAUAGAAUACAAUGGAAAACUUUAGAGGAGGCCUUUGUCGGAAGACAAGCUGCAGACUAACGACCGUUUGCCGAUAGUAAUUGUUAUUAUUAUUUACUAAAAAAAAAAAAAAAAUGUAAUUUUAUUUAAAGAUUUGUAUAUUAAUAAGUAAUUUGGCAAAUAGUAAAGUACUUUUUAAAAUGUACACUGUAAACAAAACUCAGCAAUAAAGGCUUUUUAUUUAUUUA